AUGAAGUUCCUCGGUCUCUCACUCCUCCCUCUGCUGGCGGCGGGCUCGCCUGUCCUCAUCGAUACCAUCCAUAGAGAUGCCGCUCCUGUCAUCUCCUCUUCUAAUGCAAAGGAGAUUCCCGACUCGUACAUGGUGAUCUUCAAGAAGCAUGUUACCGAACGGGACGCUGCUGUCCACCAGAGCUGGGUCCAGGAGGCUCACCUGUCUCGGGAGAACAACAAGCAAGAGCUACGGAAACGUAGCCAGACUACACUGUCAGGCGAUGACAUUGUCUUCGAGGGUCUGAGACAUACCUACAACAUCCCCGGUGGUUUGUUGGGAUAUGCUGGCCAUUUCGAUGAGGAUGUCAUCGAGCUUGUCCGCAGGCACCCAGAUGUUGACUACAUCGAACGUGACUCCGAAGUCCACACCAUGAAGCAAUCCCCCUCUCUUGAGAAGAAUGCUCCUUGGGGUCUGGCCCGUAUCUCUCACCGAGACUCCCUGAGCUUCGGAGAUUUUAACAAAUACCUCUACUCUGCGGACGGUGGUGAGGGUGUCGACGCCUACGUUAUUGACACUGGUACCAACACUGAACACGUCGACUUCGAAGGUCGCGCCAGCUGGGGCAAGACCAUCCCCGCUGGUGAUGAAGAUGUUGACGGCAAUGGUCACGGUACCCACUGCUCUGGCACCAUCGCAGGCAAGAAGUUCGGUGUUGCGAAGAAGGCCAACGUCAAGGCUGUUAAGGUCUUGAGAUCCAACGGCUCUGGCACCAUGUCCGAUGUUGUCAAGGGCGUUGAAUGGGCCGCAACUGCACACAGCGAGACGGUCAGUGCUGCCAAGAAGGGCAAGAAGAAGGGCUUCAAGGGCAGCGUUGCCAACAUGAGCUUGGGCGGUGGCAAGUCAAGAGUGCUUGAUCUUGCCGUCAACGCCGCUGUUGAUGCUGGUCUCCACUUUGCUGUGGCCGCUGGCAAUGACAACGCCGACUCGUGCAACUAUUCUCCUGCCGCCGCCGAGAAGGCCGUCACUGUUGGCGCCUCCACCUUGGCUGAUGAGCGAGCUUACUUCUCCAACUACGGCACUUGCAACGACAUUUUUGCCCCUGGUCUCAAUGUUCUUUCGACCUGGAUCGGCAGCAAGUAUGCCACCAACACCAUCUCUGGUACUUCGAUGGCCUCUCCUCACAUCUGUGGUCUCCUCGCCUACUUUUUGUCUCUUCAACCUGCUAGCGAUUCGGCCUAUGCCGUGGCCGACAUCACCCCUAAGAAGAUGAAGGCCAACAUGAUCUCCAUCGCCACCCAGGGCGCUCUUAGCGAUGUUCCUGGCGACACUGCCAAUAUCCUUGCCUGGAACGGCGGUGGCAAGUCCAACUACACUGAGAUCCUGGAUGAUGGCGGCUACACCGUCAACCACAGCUUCUCCGCUGGGGACUACCUCAGUGAGAAGGCAUCCGAACUGAAAGCCGAGCUCAAGCAGAUCGCGGCUGAACUUGAGUCCCUCAUUGAGAAGUCUUGA